CAGCCGCCUUAUUUCAGAUUUCAGAUCCAUAGAUGCGUCUGAAAGAAGUUCCCAAACCCACAUUGUGCAUGAAGCACCCGCUUUCUUCUAUUUGUGAAGGACCAACCUAUUAUUCGAUAGUUAUCUUAAAGCUUGUUUCGCGCUUGGUAAAGUACCUUCUGCGCUCUAUUCAAGCUUCGUCGGGCCAAUUCCUACCGCGAAAUCUAUACCUAAUCUCGUUCCCGAGCUUUUCUUAGGAACUUCAAAUUUGACUCUUCCACCAGAGAUCCAUAUUUCUAUCUUUUGGAAAAGGAAAAAAAAAAAAGUGAUAAUUUACCCCUGAGUCUGCUUGUGGAUACGUCCUAUGGCAGAUAAGUCCUAAACUGCUUUUCGUCAUCUCAUCCCCUGAGUUGGUAAUUCCUCAUCUAACCGAGGUCUUCCGCUCUGACUAUAACCCGGAGAAGAUCAAGUUUAAAGUCGCUUUCAAACUUCAAUUUUCAUAACUGUUCAAUCACUGCCGUGGUACCUAAUAGCUUAGACAACCAAAAACGACUGUCGAACUAAGCUGUUCUCAUUAUGGAUACAUUACUUACUGCGGAUAUCGCUGCGAAUGCUCCGAGGUAUCGGCGUAAGAGCAGCACCUUUAUCGACGGAAUUCACGAUGUCCCGGAAGAUGGUGAUAGGGCACCGGCCCAGCUGUACAGUACUAUGUCAGGGAGGCUUUUCCACUCUGGCCGUAUUGCCAUUGUCAUGGUGGGACUUCCUGCCCGAGGCAAGACUCAUAUUGCUGUCUCAUUAGCACGAUAUCUACAAUGGUUAGGCGUUAAGACGCGGAUUUUUCACCUCGGCGACUACCGUCGAGCUACCGUCGGCCAAGGUGGUCAUGUGCCUGAAGACUAUUUCUACCCGAAUGCCUCGCCAGCUUCGAUCGUCUUGCGCCAGAAAAUUCUCAAGAAGUGUCGUGAAGACAUUUACGGCUGGCUCAACCACGAGAAUGGCCAAGUAGCAAUAUAUGAUGCAGUGAAUCCUACCGCAAGUGGUCGUCGCUCACUAGCCAAAGAAUUUGCGAAGCAUGACGUUCAGACCCUGUUCUUAGAAUCUUACGUUGACGACGACAACCUCCUUCGAGAGAACGCACGUAACGUCAAAAUUGGAUCCCCUGAUUUUGCCAAUAUGGAUCCUGACGAGGCUGCUAAGCUAUACCUCACACGUAUGGAGACCAAGAUACCGGCAUUUGAGACCAUGAACGAAAAAGAGCUUAACUACAUCAAAAUGAUAAACGCAGGCCAGAAAUUCUUCUACAACAACGUAUCCUUCAAUUAUCUCUCGCACCGUAUUGUCUUCUACCUAACCAACACUCACAUCAAGUCCCGAACAACAUUUUUCGUUCGACCUGGCACUGCCACGGAAGAAGAAAGUUAUAAAGCGGACCCCCCAUUAUCCGAAGAAGGCGAGAAAUAUGCCAGAGUGAUGACUGAGACGGUGAUUAAACACCGCGAGCAAGAACGAGCCGCACGGAUUGCAGAAGGAGGGUCUGAUGUACCGCUACGCCCGCUGACAGUAUGGUGUUCAACACGUAUGCGCGCGAUGCAAACAGCAGAUGUCUUUCAGGAGCUCGGAUACAGAGUUCGCCAACGAAGUCAGAUGGCCCAAAUUAACCCGGGAGUUUGUGAGAGGCUAAGCGAACGCGCUAUUCGCCGUCUCUACCCCGAGGAAGUAGACAAGCAUGAACUCGAUCCUUAUCACCACCGGUAUCCGCGCGCCGAGUCCUACCACGACCUUGCUGUACGACUCGAACCAAUUAUUCUAGAGCUUGAACGUGAGCAAAACGACUUGAUAAUCAUUGCUCACGAAAGUGUACUACGAGUCCUUUAUGCGUAUCUUAUGCACUGCAGCACUAUGGACAUUCCUAAUCUCAAAUUCCCACGGAACGAAAUUAUCGAGGUCAUUCCGGGCGCUUACCAAAACGAUGCUAAGCGUAUUCAUAUCCCGGGUCUCGACCCUAAGACUGUCCCUGGCUCUCCUGAGGAUAUAAGGAUUCCCGUACCAGACAAUGAUAUCAAUACUCCAGCACCACUUCCAGGUGAAGGCCUCUCCGCGCCUGCGGUACCGCCUAUUACUGCCGACAAGCCACCUGAGAAAGUAGUUAAUACGGCGGCCGAAGCGGUAUUGGACAAGAUCACAGAUGAAGAUUAACUUAGCAUAGAUGCUCAUAUAAAUUCCAAGUACCUCGUCGUAUCAAUAUACUAGGCUGCUUCAGUAUAACCACAAGCAAAAAAAAAAAGGCCACCGGCUCGCGUCGGUAUCCAAGACUCACAUAACACUAUCAUAAACAUUGUCUAUCUAAUAUUAUACUAAAUGCCAAUUAAAUAACCAUGGA